GUAAGCAGCGCGCAGCGGACGCACAAAACUCUGCACCUGUUCCUGGACGUACUGAUUUAAAAAAAAAAAAAAAAAAACGGCACGUGUGAACUCAAUAGGGCUUUUGCUUUUUUGACUUGUCGUCACCCCGACGUCAUCCUCUUCAAGGAUGACUGGAGCACUGCUGUCCUCUCGAUCUCUCUAUAUUGGCAUGGAGGUGGCGAUCGCGGUGGCGUCCGUGGUUGGCAACGUUAUGGUGGUGUGGGCAGUGAGGAUCAACAAGUCUUUACGGGACACCACCUUUUGUUUCAUCGUUUCACUGGCGCUGGCUGACAUUGCUGUGGGAGCGCUGGUCAUUCCUCUGGCUAUCACCAUCAGCAUCGGGCUGCAGACGCACUUCUACAGCUGCCUGCUGGUCGCCUGCACAGUUCUGGUACUCACGCAAAGUUCCAUCCUGGCACUCCUCGCCAUCGCCAUUGACAGAUACCUGAGAGUCAAAAUCCCCACCAGGUAUAAGAGGGUGGUGACACCCCGGCGAGCAGGUGCAGCUGUGGUGCUUUGCUGGACAGUAGCUUUUGUGGUGGGCCUCACACCCAUGCUUGGCUGGAACAACCUUGGUCAUCUCCAGCAGAACGGCUCCAUCAGUUCAGACCUGGUCAUUACAUGCCAGUUUGAGAAUGUCAUCAGCAUGGACUACAUGGUCUACUUCAACUUUUUUGGAUGGGUGCUGCCGCCCCUUGUGCUCAUGCUGCUUAUCUACGCUGAGAUCUUCUACAUGAUCCACAAGCAGCUUAACAGCAAAAAGUUGACCGGCAGCCACACCGACCCCAACAAGUACUAUGACAAGGAGCUCAAUCUGGCCAAAUCCUUGGCACUGGUCUUAUUUCUCUUUGCCGUCAGCUGGCUGCCCUUACACAUCAUAAAUUGUGUGACGCUCUUCUGCCCUGAGUGCCAGAAACCCAUUGCCCUCCUGUACAUCGCCAUUCUACUCACCCACGGCAACUCUGCUGUCAACCCCAUUGUCUAUGCCUUCCGCAUCAAGAAAUUCCGCACGGCAUUCCACAAGAUCUGGCAACAGUACUUUUGCUGCAAAGACAUGCCGGCUCUGGAGAUCCAGCCCAGUGACAGGAAAUGGCACAGUGUCAAUCCUGAGCCGGAGCGAGCAUCACCCCCAGGGCCUCCGCAGGAGGAAACUCCAAUGCCCGACACUUUGCACCCUCCGAAUCAGCCAAACGAACCUCUGCAGCUGAAAGAACACCCGCCCUUAUCGGAGCAGAAUUCCGUUUAGCACAAGGAAUGGAGCCAAUUAGGAAUUAACCUUCAAAGCACAAGAACUGUGGUUCUGAUCGUGGUCCGAUGAGGGAAGACAAUUCCUCUUAGCUGCUCGCGGCAGGUUACUGAGAUGGUACUUCCUAAACACAGGAAAAGGAUUGGUAAUUACUCAGGUGGAGCAAACUGAACUAAAUCUUUUCACCACAAAGUCAUAAAUACUUCCAGGUGGCAAAAACGCCAUUGGCAAGCCCUUGCAUGUCUUUUGACAAAAGUAGGGUAAUCAAAAAAAACAAGGUAAAUGGCUUGACUGAUGAUUUUAGCCUUCUUUUUCACCUUCGUAGUUGAAAUAUGUGAAGUUUCAGUCGAUGACAUUAUGUUUUGUGAGGUAUACUGUUUGAAAGGGAAAUACAAUUUUGAACUUAAUUAACAUUUCAGUUAGUUGAAUGAAGAUAACGAGAUGUGGAAAAGUCAAAAUUAUUGUAAUCAAUAACAAGCCGGGUAAUACAUUUUAUAGUGCUCGGUUCAGAGCCACAUCCGUGCUCUUUAACAGUGAAACUGAUAACAGACAUCACUUUUCUGCCACCCGGAAGUACCCCUGGCGCUGACCUUAACAAAUAUUCUGAAAAGGUCUUUGAACUAGCAAUAAUUUAAUUAUUUUACAAUGGUUAUCUAGCGUCUUCAUGUUUUUUAAAAAUGAUGAAUAUUUAGUUCUAAGUUUUAACAUUAUGAUUAAAAUCAUUUUUUUCAAGACUAAGGAAUCUAAUUCCAUCUUUCGUUCCAUAAAUAAGCCAUUUUUAAUCAAAGACAACAACAAUAACUUGUCUCAAUAGCAAUAUAUCUUUUGAUCUUAAAAAAAAAAACAAUCACUUUAUUCCUGUAAUAUUAGACCUUUAGUCCUUGUUUCCUUCUAAAAUGACUGCUAAUUCAGGCUGUCAUGUUUAGUAGUAUGACACGAUCACAUUCAAACGUCUGAUGAGCCUAAUGUAGGCAGGACUUAUUCAUGUGCUUUACAUGUACUUUGGCCACCAAAUCUGAAUUAUACAAAACAAUUUUCUGCAUAUUUUGUGCACCGCAUGUGGACUCAAUUUUGAGAACUCCUAGUUUGACAUACAUCAAGCUUGAAGCUGUUUGCUUCAUUUUUUGCUGCAUCAUUUAGAGUAAAAUCUGAAAGGCAAUGUAAUUGAAGAACAAAAUCACCAGUGAAGUUUCUUUUUCUGUUUAUGGCUGGAUUUAGAUUGCAUAAUUUAUGGAGCACAAUUCAGUUAUGCAUCAAGGCAGAAAAAUGCAAAGGGGAUGUCCUCAGGUUGUAAGUGACACAUAUCUGAAAACACGUGGAGGAGCAUGGUGUUGCAACACCCACACUUUUCCCCGAGAGGUAUCAAACCUGUGGGGGAUGUGGAUUACUGUGGUGAAAGUUUAACACCCUUACAUCAACAUUUUGGCCUCACACACGUGGGGUAUUUGGGUGAUUUUUUUUUUUUUGGUAUCAAUUCAAACCAACUAAACACUAUCUACUAUUUGAAUGUAUUUACUGUAUUAUGCUCUGAGCAAAAGGCCAUGGAAAGGUUGCAAAACACAAAAUGACAUCAGUGGUCACUUGCCCCAUUAUGACAGUUAGCCAACAUAUGCUGACGCAGUUAACUAUUUAUCAUGCAUUACCAUCAUAGCCACCAAAGAAAAAGUUAAGCCUUCUGACUGCUUCAACUGAGCCUGUUUCCAAAAGACUGACAAUGUGCUUCAGUAUAGGGCAGCGUUCAGAGUCCUGUCCAUUAAAAGUGGUGGCUCAAACAUGCAGGCUCACACAGCAGGCUUGUUUCCAAUGUACUUACAUUGUGAAAGGUCCUCUUCUCUUGUCAUAUUGCACAGAGGAAGAGUACAGUACUUCUUUAUCAUUUAAAAAAAAAAAAAAAAAAAAAAAAAAAAAAAAAAAAAAAAAAAGGGUAAUAUCUUUUUUAUGUGUGUCUUAGCAACUCACUUAAUGCAGAGCAGUAAAACAUAACUGUAUGCAUAGACUUCAUAACCUAUUGACAUGACACGGGAAACGUGGGCGAUUCGUAGGGGGCCUAUUUUCAAAAACUUCAAAUUCAAAUAUUUUCUAAACCAAAGCUGCUAGCGACCUUAAACCAAAACAGGCACCUACCUUAGCCAUAUAUGAGUCUCCAUGAGCAGCAGCAUAAAAAAAUUCAAAGUCGUUCCCUAAUAAAAUCCUGAUUGAUUAUUUUGUAUAUGACAAAAACGAAAAUAGCUAUAAAAUUCUCAGAUUUUACACUAGAUGCUCAAAAUCUUCAAAUGCAGAGAUAAUCACCUAUAUUUACAGGAUCAAUAACAAUAUUUAACAUAUAAGUUUUCGCCCAAAAUACCAACUUAUUUUUCUUUUAUUUACUGCAUGUUGUCAACAGCUAAUAAAUCACUCAAUUUUCACAUCAGAAACUUGAGGAAAGCAUACAGAAUCAAUUAUAAUAUAUAAAUGGAUUACUAAUAAAUUCUAUAUACAAUCACAACUUUUUAUAGAAUAUAAUGACAACAAAGGGCUAUUCUACAGUUGUACAAUUAAAUUGUGGAGCAUUUCCCUUUGUAGUGCAUGAUAAGUUAAAAUCUCAAAAGUGACUUGCAAGUAUUAAAUCUAAAUGAACAAAUAUAAAAUGCUUAUGUGAUAACUCUAUGUUCAGGCAGUGCAAAUAAUUGAAGUAGCAGCAGUUUGACAGUUAAGGCUUUGAAUAUUGCAGGUGAGUAAGUAUUGCACAUAUAAUAUUGCAUAUAAAAGAAUAUUGGACCAUGCCUUGGAGCAUUUCAACUUUGCAGUGAUAAGUUAAAAUCUCAAAAAUGACUUGCAAGUACAAAAUCUAAAUAAACAGAUAUAAAAUGCGUAUGAGAUAGCCCUUCUUUAUAGAUACGGACGUAAAACAGUUGAUUCUUGGUUAAAAGCAAAACAAACCGUGCAGGCAGUAUUUGAUUUACGUAAAUAUGGCGAACGUACCGCUCGUCUAAGUUCACUGUGGCGCCACCUUACCACAAGUCCACAGCAAAGAGCUUUUUACGUUGAAACUUUUGUGAAUAAAUGCUUAAAUCCCUGAAUUCUUUAGAGAUAUGGACGUAAAACAGUCUCGAUUCUUGGUUAAAAGCAAACAAAAGGGCAGUUUGAAUUUACUUAAAUCUGUCAAAGAAUUGCUAGUCUGUUAGCUCUUUGUUAUAAAAAGGGGGCUGCCACAAUGGCUUUUUUCCGUUCAAAUUUCUUGUGAAUAAAUGGUUAAAUCACUAAAUUCUUUAUAGAUAUUGACGUAAUACUGUCUUGAUUCUUUGUUAAAAGGGAAAAAAACGGGCAGAUACGCAUCUUUUCUACAUAUAUUCUAUGUCAAAGAAUGACGCCAAUGCCGUAGCGGUUCCCAUUCUCCAAAUGAUUUUUUUCACGUUUCAAAAUGCAUGUAUGGUACGAAAAAUAUAAUAUUUACCUUGAAUCCUCGAAAAAAAAAAAAACACUCCUGAGACCAUUCUUCCUGUUUGUAUGUGGUACAGCUUUCGUAGUUCUUCAAAAAUCCAAGCUUGAAUCCGACAUGAGUCUGUGCAGUCUUCGGAUAUUACUAAAUGAAGCUCGCCCCCCUAUGAUAAGGCAUGACGCAAAGAAUGACGAAAUGUCAGGUCAAUAGGUGAAUAAGUCUAUGCUGUAUGAAUAGAUUAACGUUGCACCAUGAUGAAAGAAAAAAUGUUUCUGUUGUUACCUCUGAAAUGGCCUAUGUUAAAUGUAUUUGUGUGAGCCUUUACAGUGCUGUGAAAAAAGUAUUCAAAAGCAUUCAUAAAAAAUAGAUAAACCAAAAUAAAAACAGAGGGACUUGGCUAACAUUUGCCCAAAAACAUCUCGAUGAUCCUCGAUACUUUUGGACAACACAUCUGCGGACUGACAAAUCAAAAAUGUUGUUGAAAGAGCCCAUCACAUCUGGGUAAAACUGCACAAAAUGUAACAUAAGGGUAAUAAUGCCAACCAUGAAGCAUGUUUGUGCCAGUGUGAGGGUCUGGGGCAGGGUCGAAACCGGUCCUCAAAGGCCGCUGUGGGUCCUGAUUUUUGUUCCAACCGACCCAGCACAGACAGUUCAACCGAUGAGAUUUAUCCCUAAAACAGGGGUCGGGAACCUAUGGCUUGCGAGCCAGAUCUGGCUCAUUUGACGGCUGCAUCUGGCUUGCAGACAAAUCUUUAGUUAUUAAAAAAAAAGUUCUGUUGUAUUUCUUUGUGCAUUGCGCAAAAACGGCUACGGUCACCGGUUAUAUGCUUGUGUUGCGCAGUAAUGAGCAGACGUGACUUUUGGGGCAUAUGCUUCGACAGCACUCCCGCAAUUCGCACGAGAUAUCAUCAUAUAGCAAACUAGAUGUGCUACGUUAGAUCCCCCCAAGUGCCAUGCAAUUGGCUGCGUGAACCCAGGGUGAACAUGGGACACGUAGUCCGUAUACUACAACCGGCGACUAGAAAGCCAGUUCGCAGUUGUUUUAGUGAGAAAGUGGCAAACAUACAUGCUGUUGUGUCUGUCUAUAUAUCUAUUUAUCUAUCAAUCGCAUUGGCAACGCAGUUGAGGCAGAGACACUGUUUAAGCGGGGCCGCCGUAUUUUGCUGCGAAAAUAGUGGCCGAUGUGCGCAUGUGAGUGAAGUAAACUUCCCUCGUUUUUUGUUUCGUUUUCCACGUUUUUCAGCUAAUUUUAGAAACCUUUUUGAGUAGAUGGCAAAAAGGAUAAAAAUGCCUUUGUGGAGAAUUUUCGCAUAAAGACAAGAUGAUUAAACGGAUCAAAGACAUGCCUCUGUCAGCAAGAACUUGGAACUGUUCACGAUCUUACCAUCAUGAUGUCAAAUCAAAUUGAGUCAACGCAAGUGAAGGACAUAAAUGCGGCACUGUUUUUUUCUCUCGCUUUGGAUGAAUCAACUCACGUAAAUAAUUGUGCGUAAUAGCAAGGUUUUGACUAUGAAAGAGGCAACAAAAGGGGAGGAUUUAUUCAAGUCCUUCACUUAGUUCGCUAAAGAAAAAAAUCUACCGAUAGAUAAACUUGUUUCAGUGUGUACUGAUUGUACUCUGUGCGUGGUGGCGAAAAACAGGAUUUGUUGCGCUUCGUGAACAUGAAAAGAGACGCAUCCUAAGUUUCUCAAUGCCUGUGUUCUGUCAAAAUUUCCUCCCUUUAAAAUUUUUCUCCCCAAGCUUUUGUGGUGCUGAAAAAGCCCUCUUUUACAUUCAGUUGGACUCUCAAUGUUAUCCAAAGGUGCUAACUAAACUACAUACAUCAUAAACAUACAUGUGCAACACGAAAAUGGCGUAAAUUAAUACAUAACGACACGGCGAAGUCGCUAACAGUGAGAGAGCAGGGUGCAGUUGUGUGCAGCUAACAUGGUCGGAUGUGUCUGGGAACUUUUCUACAUGUCUUUACAUGAUCAAACUUAAGUAAAUAUUCCUUUCUUUAAAGUAAGUUUGUCGUGUUUACUUUGGAAUCGCUGCAUUCGCGGCCAUUUUUAACGUUACGCGCAUGCGCAGAACCGCAAAGUAGCAAUUUUUGAUGGGUUGCAAAAUUUGUCAGAACACCUGCAUGAAGCUUAACCCCACCAAGUAAAACAAUGCAGCACCAGAAGUCGUAUUAUUGGUAACAAAUACUCAUCAUUGAUUAGCAACAGCAUAACAAUGUUAUUAAAAAGAAUUCCGAGAUUAACCCAAACCCUUGUACUUUAAAAUUGUUGAAAUUACAUAAAAUGACACGUUACUUGUAUUUUUAGUUUUAAACAUUUUGUAUUGCUCUCACGGAAUUACAUUUAAAAAAACACUAUGUGGUGUUCAUGGCUCUCUCAGCCAAAAAGGUUCCUGACCCCUGUGUUGAAACAAGUAUCACUUGACUGUAAUCAACUGAUUACACAUGUUAAAAAAAAAAAAACAGGAUGGUGAAAAGGUGUUGUCUUGUUCGGUUAGAAUGAAAUCCUGCACCCAAUGCAGCCCUGUAAGGAAUAGUUUGGAGGCCCCUGGUCUGAGCCAUCUUUGCUGCCUCAGGACCAGGACAAUUUGCUGUGAUUUAUAGAAAAAUGAAUUCGGUCAUUCACCAGAAACUCGAUCAAGAAAGGGGUAAAUACAUUUUCACUGAACUGAUUUUCUAAAGAAUUAGCAGGAUAACAAUAAAGGCUUGGCAGGGGAAAUAAGCUUUAGUUUCGCUUUGAUUACAUACAGAGGGCGUGGAAAGUAUUCAGAACCCCAUAAUUAUUAUGACAUCACACAACCCUAAGUGUUCAGAUAUAUUGCUUAGUGAUUACUUGAGCACCCUUUUGAGCUGAUACAGUCAUGAGUCUUUUUGGGAAUAACGCAACAUGUUCUUUCAAACCUGGAUUGGAAAUCCUCUGCCAUUCAUCCUUGCAGAUCCUCCAUACCUUUGACUCUUAUUUAUUUUUUUGUUUGGGAAAUAACUUAUUUGUUCUGUGCAAAAAAAAAAAAAAAACAUUGUUCUCUUUAACAGCACUUGGUAAAUACUUCAUUAAAAAAUAUUGAUUUGGCCUCAUGUGAAUAUAUUUAAUAUGAAAAACGCCAAGUAGGGUAUUGAUCGAGAUGAGCCCUAAAAAGAAAGCUCCUUCGAUUAAGUUUUGAGGUCUGGUCUUGACUUCUUCAUUUCUGCUUACAACUUUGAUUAUUGUUAACUUCCAUGUUCUUGCUGCCACAAAUUGACAUGUGUAGUUAUGUUAUCAAAUGUCCUGAAAACACUCCUACACCUGCAGUGUCAAAUCAGCCUUUAAUGCUCUGUGGAUGUUGAUUUGAAUGUAUUAUUAAUGUAAGUACCAGUUAAGGACUGUUAAGCUGUGAUCCGAGAGGUCUUCAGGUCUUGAUUGCACAACAGUGCCGCAUUGUAAAUUGCGCAGUCGAAUGAUAUUUUGCACAAAGGUGUGUAUGUGCAGAUACAAGAAUUCUCAUCACAUCCUCGCCAUUGGUGGGCCCUCUUGCUACUUCGAUACCCUGUUAAAUGAACUACGCAUUCAAAAACCUUUUCUAAUUUAAUGGGGUCAACUGGAUAAAAAUGUCCUGUACAAUACUUAUUUGGUAUUUAAAACUGUUGUUUUCACAUGGGCAUAGCAUUACAAUUUUCUGCUUGGGUCAAAUACUGAAAUCAAUAAACGUAACACAUUUCAAGUAAAUAAAACUGCAAACGGUGUGUUUUAUUUGUUUGUUUUAUGUUUUUAAUUGUACUCAAUGGGACAAGUAGGACCCCAUAGCAAAGCAAAAUUGACGAUAAGACCUUGUUCAUGUCUCAUUUACAUCUCUGAGAAGUGAAUCAUUAUCAAUCAAGCUACGAUUGAGACCAGAGGGGUUUUCUCAUUUUUUUCAAAUUUGUCUCGUGAGAAAUAAGUCUCACAGUGAGCAUUGCGUGAGAAGGUUGAGAAAAAUAUUCCAGUGGCACGAUUUCUCAAUAAUGUCUUACAGCUGUCUCCUUUCAUGAUCUCACCAAGAGACAACUAUGAGAUCUUGUGUAUCUCAAAAGUGCCUCAAUUUGAUUUCCUUUACUUGCACUCAGUAUCUCAGUCAUGUCUCAGUGAAAGAUAUGGAUAUUGUCCGAGUGGACAAGG